AUGGACAUAAAUGAAUUCCGUCAAUACGGCAGACAAAUGAUUGAUCUAGUCGCGAAUUAUUGGGAAUCGCUCCGAAAAAGAGCUCCGUUACCGGAUGUGAAGCCUGGGUUCAUAAACAAACUGGUACCGCAAGAUGCUCCUGUCAUGGGUGAGCCGUGGGAGAAAAUUUUUAAUGAUAUCAAUGAAGUAGUUUUUAAUUGCAAUACCCACUGGCAGCAUCCUAAUUUUUUCGCCUACUUCCCAACUGGUGUUUCGUAUCAGUCUAUCAUUGGUGAUAUCCUCAGCGGCGGAAUUGCAAGCGUGGGUUUUACCUGGCAAUCGUCGCCUUCCAUGACAGAACUUGAAAUUUCUAUGACAAAUUGGUUAGCCAAGGUAUUGAAACUGCCGGCAGAAUUCUUGAAUACCGAGAGUGGAUUUGGUGUAGGGAUCAUUCAAAGUACUGCCAGUGAAGCAACUUACAUGGCAAUAUUGGCAGCCAGAGGACGAACUGUAGAGCGAAUUAGAACAAUCGAAGGAGUCAUCAACCAGGAAGUACAAGUUGUUUCAGAUGGUUCCGGUGAAUUAUAUCACUAUCCAUAUCACGAUGCGGUCAAUAUAACUAAGCUAGUUGCUUACUGCUCAGACCAGGCUCACUCAUCGGUCGAAAAAGGUGUUAUGUUGGCAGCUGUGCGUUUACGAAAACUAAAGACUGUACGUGGUGGACCAUUUGAUAAUUUUUAUGUCACUGCAAAGGUCCUUGAAGAAGCGAUUAUGACAGAUCGAAAAAAUGAUUUGAUACCAUUUAUAUUUAUUAUGACCUUGGGUACAACGUCCAGUUGCGGAGUGGAUCCGGUGGAUGAGCUUGGACCAAUAUGUCAGAGAGAAAACAUCUGGAUACAUAUUGAUUCUGCAUAUGCUGGUGCAUUUUUACUUUGUCCUGAAUAUCGCUAUUUGUCUCGUGGAUUCGAAUAUGUUGAUUCUUUCAAUAUGAAUGCUCACAAAGCAAUGCCGAUAAAUUUUGAUUGCUCUCCACUGUGGUUCAGAAAUGGAAGACAAAUAAUGAAGUACUUUGCAAUAAAUGCGGUCUAUUUGAAACAUGAUCAGACCUGUGCAGUUGAUUAUCGACAUUUCCAAAUAGCUCUCGGAAGAAGAUUUCGAUCGCUAAAAGUUUGGUUUGUGCUGCGAAAUUUUGGCAUCACUGGCUUGCAGAAGCACUUGAGAAAGAUGGUUGAACUAGCGAAGCACUUCGAAGCGCUCAUACAAAAGGAUAGCUUGUUUGAGCUUUUCGUACCGCGAAAUUUUGGAUUGGUAUGCUUCCGUCUAAAGGACUCGACAAAUGAAAUGAAUGAAGAGCUAAAUCGAAGAAUCAACGAGGAUCGCCGUAUCCAUAUGGUUGCUUCCGUUAUUCAUGGAGUUUAUUUUCUACGCUUAGCAGUGUGUAGUACGUUUACUACAUGUGAGGAUAUAAGACAAGCGCAUGCGAUAAUUCAUAAUUUUGCUGAAGAUGUAGGAAAAGAUAUGAAACAAUAA